UCCAUUGAAUGAUGUGUGAGUGGCUGGAUGAGAGAUGGGCAUAUCAAGACUAUAUUCUUAGUUACAAUCUUCUACUUUAAUUCACUUCACCUGGGUUUUUGCUUGUCCUGAAUACAAGAAAUGGCAGAAGGAGUUGUCUUCAAUAUUGCAGAACGGAUCAUUGUAAGGCUUGGCAACCGUGCUUUCCAACGGAUUGGAUCGAUUUGGGGUGUCCCAGAUGAGCUCAACAAGCUCAGGGAGACAGUUGCCGGAUUCCAAGCUGUUCUUCUUGACGCUGAGCAAAAGCAAGCCAACAACAAUGAAGUCAAACUGUGGCUCCAAAGCGUAGAAGAUGCAGUUUAUGAAGCCGAUGACGUGCUGGAUGAGUUUAAUACUGAAGUUCAGCGGAGACAAGUGUUGCGUGGCAAUACUAAGCUGUCAAAUAAGGUGCAUCUUUUCUUUUCUAGCUCAAAUCAACUUGUUUUUGGGUUAGAGAUGAGUCGUAAGAUAAAAGAUAUUAACAAGAGGCUUAGUGAGGUUGCAUCCCGUAGACCCAGUGACUUAAACAAUAAUCGUGAAGAUAAAAGAUUUAUAUUGAGAGAGAGGGCCACUUACUCAUUUGUCCGGGAAAAUAUUAUAGGGAGAGAUGAAGAUAAAAUGGCAAUUAUCCAACUUUUGUUGGAUCCCAUCCCAACUGAGAAUGUGUCAACCAUUUCCAUAGUUGGAUUUGGAGGAUUGGGGAAAACUGCACUUGCCCAACUCAUAUUCAACGAUGAGGUGAUUCAAAAUCAUUUUGGGUUGAAAAUAUGGAUAUGUGUCUCUAAUGUAUUUGAGUUGGAUAUACUGGCUAAGAAAAUCCUAAAAGUUGACAAGCUUGGUAAAGAGGAGCGUGAUAAGGUGGACCAGCUUAAUAUGGAUCAGCUGCAAAAUGAUCUCAGGAAAAAAGUAGAUGGGAGGAAGUACCUACUUGUGUUGGAUGACGUUUGGAAUGAGGAUCGAAAGAAGUGGCUUAGCUUGAAGAACUUGUUAAGGGGUGGUAAAGAAGGUAGUAGAAUAUUAAUAACCACUCGUACUGAAACCGUUGCGAUGGCAUCACACACAACUAAACCGUACACCUUAAGGGGUUUGAAUGAAGUGCAAAGUUGGUCUUUAUUUAAGAAAAUGACUUUUAAAGAUGGAAAAGAACCAGAGAAUUCAACAAUUAAGGCAGUUGGGAUGGAGGUUGCAAGAAAAUGUCAGGGAGUUCCACUCGCUAUAAGGACGAUAGGUCGGAUGUUGCGCACCAAAGAUGACGAAACAGAUUGGUUGAAUUUCAAAGAAAGGAAACUUUCAAAAAUAAGUCAAAGAGAAGAUGGCAUUUUACCAACACUUAAACUAAGUUAUGAUGUGCUCCCAUCACAUUUGAAGCGUUGUUUUGCUUAUUGUAGCUUGUUCCCACCUGAUUAUGAGAUCUCUGUACCAAGAUUGAUUAGACUUUGGGUGGCACAAGGGUUCAUUGAGUCAUUCGACGAAAACGAGUGUUUGGAGGAUGUUGCGUUUGAAUGUUACAGGGAAUUGUUGUGCAGAUCGUUUUUGCAAGAAGAAAAAACAGAUGAGUUUGGUACAAUAAGAAGUUGUAAAAUGCACGAUCUCAUGAAUGAACUCGCAAUCUUAGUGUCGGGGGUUGGAAGUGCUAUAGUUGAUUUGAACCGAAAUAAUUUUCAUGAAAAGCUUCGUCAUGUAUCUUUCAAUUUUGAUAUUGAUUUGUCGAAAUGGGAAGUGCCAACAUCCUUGCUAAAAGCAAGCAAGAUACGAACCUUUCUUUUUCUUCGGCAACAAGCUUGGGGUGAUCACCAAAGUUCCUCACGUAAUGCAUUUUAUACUACAAUUGUUUCAAAUUUUAAGUCAUUAAGGAUGUUGAGUCUCAAUAAAUUAGACAUUACAACAUCACCUAAUUGUCUUGGAAAAAUGAAACAUUUGAGAUAUCUUGAUCUUAGUGAGAAUUCCAUGGAGAGACUUCCAGAUUGGAUAGUUGGACUUUCGAAUUUGGAAACACUAGAUCUUAGUGAGAAUUCCAUGGAGAGACUUCCAGAUUGGAUAGUUGGACUUUCGAAUUUGGAAACACUAGAUCUGACAGACUGUCGGAAGCUUGUGGAAUUGCCUAGGGACAUUAAAAAAAUGAUCAACUUAAGGCAUCUCAUCUUGGAAGGGUGUUGGGAAUUGAGUGGAAUGCCACGUGGAAUUGGUGAAUUGAAUGGUGUUCGUACAUUGAAUAGAUUUGUUUUGAGCGAAAGCAAUUGUUUGGGGAGGGGCGGUAGUGCUGGUCUUGCUGAGCUGGGGACCCUUAACGAAUUAAGGGGACAUUUAGAAAUUGAUGAGUUGAGGCAUGUGGUGUCAGAAUCAAAUGUUGGUACACCUCUCAAGGACAAACAGCAUCUUUGUUCGUUGGAUUUAACCUGGAAAGAGGGAGAAGAUAUAAGCGCGGUUGAUGAGGAGGAUAUUAUAAAGUCAAUGGAAGUAUUGCAACCCCAUUCUAAUCUAAAGCAGUUGUCGGUGUAUGAGUAUAGAGGUGUGAGGUUUGCGAGUUGGUUUUCUUCUCUCAUAAAUAUUGUUAAUCUCGAAUUGCGGUUUUGUAAGAGAUGCCAACGUCUUCCGCCCUUGGAUCAUUUGCCUUCCCUUAAGUCUCUUACAAUGGUUGGGUUGCAGAAGUUGGAGUACAUAUCAGAGAAUGAGAGCAGUAGUAGUAUGAGUGAUGAGAUGAUGAGGAUCUCAUUCUUUCCCUCCCUGGAAGAGCUCUCCAUAUCUAAAUGCCCUGUUCUGAAGGGAUGGUGGAGGGCGCACACUCAUAACAGUGAUGAUUCUUCUUCAUCAACGGAAAAUUUGUCGUUGCCUUCUUUUGCCUGUCUUUCUCAAUUGUUUAUCAGUGAUUGUCGUAAUCUAACUUCACUGCCAGAAGGGAUUUGUGGACUCCCCUGUUUAAAUACAUUGCACAUUUCUAGGUGCCCCUUGUUAAGCGAAAGAUGCAAGAAAGAAACAGGUGAGGACUGGCAUAAGAUUGCUCACAUCCCACACAUUGACAUUGAUUAAGAUGGCAUACCAUGUGGAUCAAUAAUUUCGGUAUGAAUUCUUUUCAAUUAUAUAAUCUUAUAUGGAGUGAAUGGGGCGUCAACCUUUUGGAUUCAAUACGUGAGGACCAUGUUGAUUGCUUGAAAUGGUUGUAUGUGAUUUUGCUUUUGAUCGUCGGGGUUUAAGUACUAUGUCCCUCCGUUGUAUGUUUUUUCUUUAAAUAAUAUAAUAUGGGCGUGAGGGCCUAGCCCCCCAGCUUUGACUGGGUUCCAGCCCUCUUUAAAUAUUUCUUUUUAAUA